AUGGGAUUUAAUGAAGAAACUGGAAUAUGUGAUCAUUUCAAGGAGCCAUUGAUUCAUGCACUUAAUAAAGGCAAAGUUAAUAUCAAGGACAACCCCUAUUACACUAAAAUCAAGAAUCGAAAUAAUAUUAUUCUAUUAGGUGAUACCAUUGGUGACUUACAAAUGGCUAGUGGAAUCAAUCAUGAUACUUGCUUGUCAAUUGGUUUCUAUAAUGCAAAGGAUAAUUCCAUAAAUGAAGAAUAUAAGAAAAUGUAUGACAUUGUAGUAACCAAUGAUGGUUCAUUGGAUGUUAUAAAUUUUAUUAUUGAAGCAAUGACUGUUAAAUUUGAUUGA